AUGCAUCGGCUUGAGAUGCUGCUGAAGAGCCUGGAUGCUGCCCCAGCACCUCCUGCACUCCUCGCACCCCGGCGACGUGCGCUGGAAGAGGUCGCGGAGGAGCUGCGAGCAGCCCAAAGCGCGGCAGCGGUGCAAAAAACAGAUGAGGAAUCGGAGUUGACGCUUUGCGAUCGGGAGGCACAAGUGCGGCAGUUGCUGGAUCGCAUGAUGGAAGCGAUCGCCGGGGAGCCCUGGCAUUCUCCACCGGCACAGCGCCGGCUCUUGGGCCUGGAGCGUGGCCUUCGUGAGGCGGCGGAGGAGUUGGCCAGGUCGGCACGCAACCUGAACGGCGCGGCGAAGAAUCUAAAGUUCAUCCGUCCAGUCAACAUGAAGGAUCCGGAGGACGUGAGGGUCAGUGGCAUGGCAGCCGACCCGCCAUCGCGAAUGGAGCCAGACAGACUGGGUGAUCAUCACGGAAUCUCCGCCAUCAUACUGGGCGCUUCCGGAGACAAGACCGGCAAGAACCUUUCCGAUGUCUUCGGUCCAAAAGCCCACUGUGCAGCAGCCAUCCAAAGGAUCUUGCACACGAUGUCCUGA